UAUAACAAAAUACCAAUAUGGAGGAAUCCUCAGAAAGUAGCUGUAAAGGGAAAUAUUUCUGUAUAAUAAGACACGGAGAGCGGCUUGACUAUGUUGAUGGUGAAGAGAAGAAAGAUAUUGUUGAAAUUUCAGAUCCAGGGUUAUCAAAGGAAGGCCAUAGGCAAGCUCGUGUUGGAGGAGAAUACAUCUCAGAGUUUUGAGCUUCAAAAGGUGCGAAACGAGUGAAAAUACUCGCUUCUCCUUGUGUCAGGACUACUCAGACAGCAGUCCAGAUCGCUAAAGCAAUCGGGACGCUCUCUGUGACUCUUGACAACCGCUUUGUCGAGUGGAUGAAGAAACCUUGGUUUCUUAAGCCACUAGAUGAGAUUGAGAUCAAUGCUCUUGGUAUUGAUAACUUCAAGCUGAAAUAUCUGUCAGAAGAAGACCAGGAGGUCACUGUAGCUUAUCUGGAUAACCACACAGAGGAGCUUAAGGAGAAAUAUCCUGAGAAGAUGAAUUCAGCCACGAACAGGUACAAGGAUGCGAUCGAUGAAGUUCUUGAAUCAGCCGAGAUGGCUGAUAAUGACAUGGUCAUUGUUGUAACUCAUCUGUUUGGUCUAGAGUGUUUUAGCGAGAAAUUUCAUGGAGAAAGCGCUAAUAAAGAUUACUGAGCAACCUCUAUUGUAGAAAAGGAAGAGGAGGAGUGGAGAUUGUUGGUUGAUUGUGAGUCUCAUUGGAUGGGUAAGGAGAAGAAGAUUAAUUAAUGUUUUCAAGGAUUUUUGGUA